GAGUGAGAGAGAGAGAGAGAGAGAGAUGAAGAGAGAGCACUUUACUGCAGUAUCACUUCAUCUCUGCAUCACUCAUCAAAACUGCGGAAUGCGGACUAGAAGUUGUGGUAGGGCAGAUGCUGGGUUUGUACUGAGUGUAGUGUCAACACCACCGUCGUUUAUUAUACAUUAACUGUAAUUAGAAACCGUAGCACGGAGCUGCCGGAUUUUCAUCCUUUUCUUUCAAAGCAGCUCUUCAUUUGUGUGCUCGAAAGCGUCUUUCUGCUUUCUAUCUGAGGAAUUGGCACCCGUUUGUUUCCAGAGCAACCCUGUAACAGGUUUUGCAGUGUAGGCCAACCUCACAGCUAGAUAUUUCACAUAUCACCCUAACGACCUACUACAUUAGGCUAUAAAGCCAGGUAACAGUCCGUGGAGUACAAAAAUCUAGCAAAAUGGCAAAGGAUGCUGAGAAGAGCACUUGGAAGGACUUCAUAUGGAACCCUAGGACGCGGGAAUUUUGUGGCAGGACAGCGAGCAGCUGGGGCCUCAUCCUACUCUUCUACCUAGUGUUCUACAUCUUCCUAGCAGGCAUGUUCUGCCUCACCAUGUACGUCAUGCUGCAGACCUUGGAUGACCACAAACCCACCUGGCAAGACAGGCUUGGUACACCAGGCAUGAUGAUCAGACCCAGGGGAGAGGCCAUGGAGAUCAUCUACAACACCCACAACACUGAGAGCUGGGACAUGUAUGCCAAGACCCUGGACAACUUCCUCUCCCCCUACAACAUCUCUCUGCAGGCUGAGAAGAAUGACGAGUGCACACCGGACCAGUAUUUUAUUCAGGCAGACAGUGGUGAUGUGAAGAACAACCCCAAGCGCUCCUGCCAGUUCAACCGAACCCUUCUACAAGAAUGCUCUGGCCUCGAUGACCGUACCUAUGGAUACCAGGCUGGCAAGCCAUGCAUCAUCAUCAAGUUGAACCGGGUCAUUGGGAUGUUGCCAGGAAAGGAUGGCCAGGCUCCAUUUGUCACUUGUGGAGCGAAGAGGUACAAAGUUGGCAAAGAUGAAUGGAAAGAAGACUCUGAUAAGAUUGGAGAGGUGGCGUACUACCCUGAAAAUGGCACCUUCAACCUCAUGUACUACCCUUACUAUGGCAAGAAAGCUCAGGUGAACUACUCCCAGCCUCUGGUUGCCAUCAAGUUCCUCAACAUCACCCUCAAUGAAGACAUCAAUAUCGAGUGCAGGAUCAUCUCCAACAACAUUCCUCCUGGGAGUGAAAGAGACAAGUUUGCUGGAAAAGUGUCUUUCAAACUGAGGAUCAACACUAGAAACUAGAUUUACAUUCUCUUUCUUUCACAAACAUUCCCACCCACAUUCUGUGCACAGGUACACACACACAUACAGAAACAGAUAACAGAAUUAACACCCUCUGUUUGACGAAUAGAAUAUGUUUAUAACUUCCAUUUACUGCACCAUUUACCCUAGAUGUCGGGCAUUGUAUGUCCAGUGGAGUGAUGCUGUCAGAAUGGUGCAGUAAAAAGGGUGGUAAUUCUGUCUCUGUUUCUGUGUGUGAGCUUUGGGACUGAUUCUUUUCUGUAAAUUAGUUUGACUUGAAGUCUAUUUACACUGCAUGACUAACUAGGUGAUAUAGAGGACAGAAACACGUAUGAUUUCAAAGUUUGCAAGAUGGAAGCAACACCUCUUACCAGUUUACUGUGGCUCCUUCCUUGCUGCCUGCCUCUAGAGUUCCCCUUUAUGUAUGAAUAUACACAAAAUACAAUACAAAACGUGUAUAUCUAUUUAUAUAUCAUAUCCUUAUAUCAGUAUGUCUAUUUUGUUGCACUUGAAUAGUCCAACAGCUAAAACGUAUCAUGAAAAAAACAUUUUGGUGGAUGAAUGCAGAGACGGAGUCAUUUUGCAUGUGUGUAUUGUCUUUAGUGUGCUAAGAGGGCAGGAGGCUUCACGUCCCAGCUCUCUGCUCUGUUAUGUGGGAAUUAUAAAUGAGGUUAUGUUAAACCACUGGCCACCAGGAGGGACCACACUGCACUCUGCAGUAAUCAUCCAGUUUAGCCCCCCCACAGCCAUUGUGUGAAUAAAAUGUGAGCUAUAAGAAGAUAGCAUCUCCAACAUGGGGAGUUAUAGAGGUCAACAACUUUCAUUAUGUGUAUGUUUGCAUGUGUGUGUACUGUAUGUCUUUGUAUGACAAAAUUCUAUUUGCAAGAAAAAUAUACUGUAGGUCGGGAAGUUGCAUAUGCAAUGUGCAAUAUUCAUUAGUAACAAAUCAUACACAUUCUUUACAUUAAACAGGACUCUUUUGUCAUAAACACUUGAAUUGCACAUCAUAGUUAUAAAUUGGAUCAGUCUUCCAUAAAAUGAAUAUACAUUGUUCUUACAGUGCACACAUGUUGUAAAUAGAUGCUGUUCUUUUAUUUUGUAUUGAUUUGCACUGGUUUGUGUUUUUCUUGUGAAGACGAGAUGCUUAUGGUACUGUGGAGAAGGACAAAUAGAGAGAGUUUGUUUUGUUUCUAUGUUUUUAAAAACUUUUAUUCAAAAAUCUCUUACCAACUUAAUCAGUUUGUACAUGGCUUGUUAGUGCUGUGACAGUGCAUCUCAGUUUGAAGGCUGACUCCAACAUUUCUGAUUACAUUGACCAGAAUGUCUGUAGGGCUGUUUUGGUGAUAACGGUCAUUUGUUUGAUUUAUUUAAAUUUUGGUAGGAUUCUCUGCCAUUACAUUGCUUUAAAAAGGAGAGUGUUAAACAGACCAACCAACCCUGGAGUUGGAGGCUGUACUAUAACUUUAAACAUCUACAAUUGAGCAUGUGCAAGAGCAUUUAUGAAUUUGCUGUAGCAUGGUGGUCAAUGUGCUGUUGCACAGAUGCCCUGAAUGUACUGCUGACUUGAUUAGGUACACAUAAUGAGAAAAGCCCAUCCAUCAGUUGAGGAAUCUGUGGAUCUGAGCGAGCGCUGCUGAACCCAGGCACCUCGCCUUUGCUGUGACAUUGUGCCAAUGUGACUGAUCCUGCUACGACGUCAUAGCAACACUUUUAGAACACUAGCAUCUGUUCACUCAAAUUAACGAUUGGGUUGACUUUUAGGGCCUAUUCGUCUCUCAGUCAGUAUUGCAUAUCAAUACAUUCUCAUUAAUUUUGGUUGAAGUGGUUCCUCAGUAAUGUCAUCAUCAAGACUGACAGUAAUACUACGUUUUGUUUGAUAGAUGUACUGUAUAAUACAUGUUGAGGUAUAUAGGAUUGAUUGAACAAAGUAAAUUGACUCCAUGCUAAACAUGCAUGCUGCAUGUAGCCUACCAAUAGUUGUUGUUUUUGACAUUGUGAGACAAUGGAGCGAGCAGUUCUAGUGCUACCUACUCCUUAGCAUUCCUGCUCCACUCAGUCUGUCUCGCUUAAUUUCACUGUAAUCUCUUAAUCUGGUCAAAUAAUCCAGAGCAGGUACUCUACUUUAUCCUCUCUUUGUAGUUCCACCUUGUGUCAACCCUCCCAAUUUCGUACUCUUUCUCUCUCACAAGCACACAUACACACAGAAUCAUCCACGCUUUCUGUUAAAAUAUGUCAGAUGAGGAAAGGCUAUGGAAUGCUUAGUUCCACAGUUACUUUACACUCUAUAAUAUUAUUAGGGUUUUAUCCAUGUGACCCAUAUAUUGCCAUGUUGUACCACAAGACAAUUUGCCCCAUGAGCCCAUUCCAUUCACAAUUCAAUCUACAAGUAGAUGUGUAUACUAUCCAUGGUGUGAAUCCAUGGUGUGUGUAGCCACGCACUUACAUAUAUGUGGAUAUAUUCCAAUUGCAAAAUUAAUGCUUAUAUUUUCUACAUGCAAGAUUAGUCCUGCCACAUUCCGUAUAACCAAAGAUAUUCAUGAGAAUUUUAAUAGUAUGUAAAAAAUCGUGCUGCAACUACCAGACCACAGAUCUCUGUAAGAGAAAGGGUUUCAUUUAAAACGUGUUUCAGAAUGAUGUUGUAUGAAUGUCAUUGAAUGAACCGUCCUAUUCUUACAUAAUGAUACACACAGAAGGAGCAGGUUUCACUAAAUGACAACAGUGCCUCCUGGUGGACAGAUCGUGUUAUUCCCCAGUGUCACCAAAUUAUAUUUAAUAAUAUCUCCAUGUAUCUGUUUUUAUAUGAUCAUUUGGAGAUGUCUUCAAAAAGCAAUAUAUUUAUUUCAUGUGUGGCUGUAUGAUGUUUUUAUUCUUGGAAUGGCUAACAAAUGUAUAGUCUAAUAAAAAGCAUGAGCUGGCGCACAACCAGAGAACAUUAUUUAGUGUAGAGGUGCUGACUAACGGUGAAUAAAC